AUCAUAUUAAGCUCAGAUAACAUAUGAUCGUAUAAAGGAAUUGUAGACGGGUCCUGUGACUAUGCCUUUGACCGGCUGAUACCGCGAUAACCAGUAGACAGCAAGUUAGUUGACUUAAUAACUCCCGCAGCUAUCUGGGAGUAUUGUCAAUGGCACCCAUUAACUCCUCAGGCGGGAUGGACAACCGUGCUCAUGUCCAGAGACAAAACGGGAAAGAGACAAAAAGCGAAUCGCAGCUGGACGAGCUUUAUGACUCUGACGACGUCCAAGAAUCCGCGGUGGUGGUGAUUGAGGGGAUGGACGGAGGGUUGAACAUGAAGACAGCCAUGGUGUUUGUGGUGGGAGAGAUGGCUGGGAGCGGUGUCCUGGCGCUGCCCAAAGCCGUGGACAGUUUAGGUUGGAUUGGUCUCGUUCUGAUUGUGUUCUGCUGCUUCCUGGCUGCCUAUACUGGGGCUAUUUUGGGGAAAUGCUGGGUGAUCCUACGUGAGGUCUACCCCGAAUACCGAAGUCAUACCAGAUACCCGUAUCCAGCCAUUGCAUUCAGGACAUACGGAAAAUUUGGCAGAUACCUAGUAUCAAUAAGUAUUAACGUUACUUUGUUCGGGGUCGGGGUUGUGUUCGUUCUCAUGGCGUCCGAGAUCAUUCAACAACUCCUGCACGACCUAAACGUCCACGUCUCCUUCUGUUACUGGAUGAUUAUCAUCGUGGGGGUCCUCACGCCCUUCACGUGGUUAGGAAGCCCCAAAGAUAUGUGGCCCCUUGCUAUCGGCGCCCUGGUGACUACAGCCAUCGCGUGCGUCAUCAUCGUCGUGAAUACAGCCGUAAUAAAGGACAAGGUCGAGGUGUACCAUGGGCCCAUCCAGGUAAAACCGGCCCUCCUGUCUCUGGGGACAAUCUUCUAUAGUUUUGGCAAUCACCCCAUCUUCCCCACGAUCCAACACGAUAUGAAGAAGCCAGACAGAUUCACUGUGACAGUCUUCUCAGCCUUCAUGUGCGUUUUGUGCAUGUACUUGCCAGUAACUGCGGCUGGUUACUUUGUCUUCGGGACCAACGUCAAUGAGAACAUCCUGACCUCAAUCUAUGAAGUCGCCAACGGACCAGCCCUUUAUGUGGUCCAGAUUCUGAUCAUUUGUCACCUCAUGUUUGGUUAUGUCAUCAUCAUUAACCCUAUCGCACAAGAAUUUGAACAAGCACUUAAUAUACACCAUUCUUUCAAUAUCAAAAGAAUCUUCUGUCGUACGGGUAUCACUUUGGUGACGUUGUUCGUAGCGGAAACCAUCCCAAAGUUUGGCAACCUCUUGGGCCUAAUAGGUGGAUCUACAACUGCGUUACUGGCUUUUUUCCUCCCUGUCUUACUAUAUAAUAAGCUCUGUGAUGACAAUAAAAGGCCAAUCUCUCUCCACCAGCGAGUGUUCCACUAUGAGAUUAUGGUAAUAGCCGUCCUGGUUGGAAUAUCAGCGACGUACGCCGCGAUUGAAGGAAUAGUCAGUCCUGAUUCCUUUGUUCUGCCGUGCUAUGUCAAUAUCGACGCUGCAGAGGGACAUUAGUACUGGAAGCCGCAUUUGUUUUAAAUGUACAUGCAUUUUGUAAUUGUUGUAAAUAAAGUAUAUUAGUCGUAGUUCCACUUAUCAUAAAACCCCGUGUUUUUUCAAGACCCGUGUCUUCGCCGUGUGUCAAAAAACCCGCGGCGCACUUACACCUAUCAGUUGUGUUAGAUAAUGGUUAAUAGCCCCGGCGACAGGUGCGCUGUAGGUAGGGAGCUCUCCUGUGUUUCUUUCCCGUUGGAGGGGGCGCAAUACCGAGGAAACUAUACCGCGCCCUCUGUCGCCGGAUCUUAGAACUUGCAAUUGCCGUGUCUAUUCAGAUUCCACCUAUCAAAAAACCUGUGUUGAACACGGGUCUAAAUUAGCCCCAUCGAGCUCGAUGGGGCUAAUAGACACGGGGAUUUGACACACGGGUCUAUUUAGACACGGCAAUUUAUAGGUGUAAGCGCAAAAGACACGGGGAUUUGAUAGGUGGAAGUAC